AUGGCAAACUAAAUUACAAAAAAAUGGCUCAAAUUCAAAUAAUGUCAAGGGGUCAAACAGAUGCGUCUAUGCAGCUUGAGCACAUGGCAGUAAAGGAGGAGCUGGACAAAGAUUGUUCACGGAUUGGCCCCGCAAAAGUGAGAGUCCCAAAUAUUUGCACAUAGUGAUGUAGACAAGACUCAAUCGAUACAACUUAAAAUACGACAGAUCUGCCUCUGAACCAACCCCCUCAGUAUUCAGAGGGUGUUAAAGGACAAUCUCAACACAUCUGGAUAUACAGAUAUGCUUCGAGGUUCAAGUCUGGAUACAAACCCAAUAGCUCAAUAGGUGGAAAGUAUGUACAAAACAAUUUUGUUUUAAAUUGAUUAGUUGACAAAAUGACAACAACAACAAAAAAAAAAAAAACGGAUGAAUUAAGCUACAGAAAACCAUGAAUGACAAAAACAGCAGCUUCACCGCAUAGAAAAAAAAAUUACCCUCCAGGAUCGCUAGACCCACCCCAGUGUCGACACAUUCAUCCGUUCCUCCAGGUUUAACUUAGUGAGUGAGAGAGAGAGAGAGAGAGAGAGAGCGAGUCAGUAAGCAGAGACAGAAUGAGAGAGAAAGGGUUAGAGGACGGAUGAAGUUUUAAACCGUUGAUCACGGUAGGUGAUGACAGCUGCUCAACAACAAGGACAUUCCUCAGCAACAAACUGAAGAGAGAUCAAAAUCUGGAUCCUUUCCUACACAGAAUUUUGUCAUCGCAAUAUACUUUCUUGUGAGUACAUAUAUAACGAGAGAAGCUGCAAUCUGAAGAACGUUUAGUGAAGAAGCACUUGUUUCACUUGCUUAAAAGACGGGAAAAAUACAACAAUGAAUAAUAUGGAAUUAAGAUAAUGCACAGAGGAAAUCUUCAGGAUUGAGUUUAAGGAGUGCCAAAGCAUGGCGACAGAAUAAAAAUGGGCAAUACCUCUGCUACCAUGUGACCAAUCCAAGCGCUGAUUCUAUCUGGAGACCAUAAUUUAGAGGGGAAUUCUUUGGAAACGCUUUUGCUCAAUAAAUUGGUUUCUUGCAAGCAAACAAAUGUGCAUUACUUGAAUUUGAAUGUCCCACCACCUUCGGACGGGAGGAAGUCUGUGACAAUGCUGGACGAGCCCACAGAAAAAACAAAAGCACAACUAUCCAAAGCAAAAUGGCUAGCAAUAGCGUCUCAUCCAUGCUGGAGCUCAACCAAACAGGGAGUGAGGACCGGGAAUCCCUCCAGCCUGGAGAACAACUCCGUUGGGCCGCACUGCUCAUUCUUCUGGUCAUCAUCCCCACCAUUGGUGGAAACAUCCUGGUCAUUCUGGCAGUUUCACUGGAGAGAAAACUGCAGAACGCCACUAACUUCUUCCUGAUGUCUCUGGCUGUGGCCGAUCUACUGGUGGGACUGCUAGUCAUGCCCAUCGCUCUGGUUACUGUGCUAUUCCACUCCAGAUGGCCCCUUGCAGAUUUCCUGUGCCCUAUCUGGCUCUUUCUGGACGUCUUGUUCUCAACUGCCUCCAUCAUGCACCUGUGUGCCAUCUCCCUCGACCGAUACAUUGCGAUCAAGAAACCAAUCCAGCACAGCCAGUUCAAGUCCAGAGCUAAAGCGCUGGCUAAAAUCGCACUGGUCUGGCUAAUCUCUAUAGGUAUUGCAAUACCUAUUCCAAUUAAAGGGUUACAAGUCUUCGACCAUCCAAAUAACAUCACCUUCAACAACAACCACACCUGUCAGCUGUCACGAGAAGGAUUUGGGGACUUCAAGGUGUAUGGGUCUUUGACAGCUUUCUUUAUACCUCUUACAAUUAUGAUGAUUAUCUACUUCCUGACAAUCCAAGUGCUGCGCAAAAAGGCCUAUCUUUUGAGAUGGAGAGCUUCAAGGACCAGUAUUUCCACCAUCUUCCACCAGCCGGUUCCCUCUUCGCCUGUUAAAGUGGCCACUGCAAAUGGAUUUAAAAGGGACCGAACACUGCGUCCCAUCACAAGGAAUGAUAUCCCUCUCCGUAGGAUGUCCACCAUAGGAAAGAGGUCCAUGCAAAACUUGACCAAUGAACAAAGGGCGUCAAAGGUUCUGGGGAUUGUAUUCAUGUUGUUUGUUGUGAUGUGGUGUCCUUUCUUCAUUACCAAUGUGACUUCUGUACUCUGUCAAGGGUGCAACAGUAAUCUAGUGGAACGACUGUUGGAUAUCUUUCAAUGGGUGGGCUACGUUUCUUCAGGAAUCAACCCCCUGGUUUAUACACUGUUCAACGGGACGUACAGGCAGGCCUUUAGGCGCUACAUCACAUGUAACUACAGACGUGUAGAGACUCCGAAAAUGCAACGGAGAAGCAAAAUUAAUUUUCGGUCAUCGAUGACCAAGAACUCAAAGCGGUUUAUGAAACACAGUAUGAAGAACGGAGUCAGCCCUGUGAGUUAUCAGAGUCCUCUACUCUCGAGUCGUCCCACGGAUCUGCAGACUUCUGCAAACAUCACGUUGAACAUCUUGCUCCUGUCAGACAAUGAAGACUGCAAACCUGACGAUCACGUAAGCCACGUGUAGUAUAUCUGACACACUUCGGAUAAGAAGUCAAGUUAGAGAUGUGCCAGUCUUUCAGUGCCAAAAGCCCAUGUUUAGACAUAGUCUAAAAGGAGUUCAGAAGGACUGCAUUAAAUGGUCAUGGCCGCUCCAUCUUAAAGCCUUGGAUUGGCAGACAGAAUGGCAUAUAAACUGAAUGUCUGGAGGAAUCCGCAAAAGACAAAAACAAAUUGCUUUGGGGAGUGAAAGUCACGGCCAACCUAAUAAUUGGCAAUACUGUGAAAAAAAAAAAAAAAAGUACUUCGAGAGAACUGUUUUUACACAACCCAAAGUUAGUAGACUGGGUCUACAAUGUGAAGCCAAAUUAAGACACCUUUGUCAAGAUAAGCACAAGUCUCAAAUCACACCUCCACUUACCUUCUGUAUACAUGAAAAUUAAUAAAUGCUUCACUAAAUUAUUGCAGGACUUUUUUAACAUGUGUAGAUGGAUCAAAGUUGCUUUUAUACAAUGAAGAAUAACUAUUUGUAGAUACUGACAUUUUGCAAUACUUCUGGCGAAUAAACUUUAUUUUCCAGAUAAAGGAGCUACGAAGUGUUAAUUCUGGUGAAUGCUUACAGUUCAUGAUUGCAACAUGUGUCAAUGGUGCUACUUUUUAGUUGUGAAAGAUGCAUUCCUACGAAGAAAAACCUUGUGUUUUAUUGUAUGUUCGUAUAGUGAGAAAUUCCAUUCGCAUUUAUAGAGUGAUAAACAACACCCAUAAAAAAGCGAGGUGUGCAGUUGUAAUAUGGAUGUGUAGCAGGGAUAGGGGCCUGUGGGACAGACGACAGAAACCUGUUCAACUGUUUUAGCUCUGUACACUCUCUAAACACUGGAAGGAUUUAUAUAGACUUUUUUAACUGACAACUGAUCAUGGGAA